UAUCCAUUUGUAUGUUGUGUUACGCCGAUAGGACAGGACGUAUUGGCUAAGUGAUCAGACAGUGGUGCACCGCGGUGUGCGCACGAGGAUCUCGCGCGUUUAGCUCAUCGAAGCGGCACGGAGACCGGCGCGCGCUCUGAACAGCGCAUUGAACUGAACAGGUGUCGAUAGAGGAGAGAGAGAGAGAGAGAGAGAGAGAGCGGUACAUCGCAACACAACUCGAACCGAGUCCACCGAGAGCCAUGGAGAGCAUGGUGAACGUCUCAGCGCCUCUCUCUCACCUCUCCCAUCUGUCCAACAUCAGCGCUUUCUGUCCCAACUUGAGCUCCGGUGGUGGCUGGAACGCGACUCUAUUGGAGAACAGCACGUGUGAGCGAUCCACCGACGCGAACAAAGGCUCGACCCCUGUCAUCAUCGCCAUCAUCAUCACCGCGCUUUACUCCAUCGUGUGUGUGGUGGGGCUGGUGGGCAACGUGCUCGUCAUGUAUGUGAUCAUCAGAUACACCAAAAUGAAGACCGCGACAAACAUCUACAUCUUUAACCUGGCCCUGGCAGAUGCUUUGGCUACCAGUACCCUCCCCUUCCAAAGUGUCAACUAUCUCAUGGGUACCUGGCCUUUUGGGGACAUCCUGUGCAAGAUAAUCAUGUCCAUUGACUAUUACAACAUGUUUACAAGCAUCUUCACAUUGACAACUAUGAGUGUAGACCGCUACAUUGCAGUGUGCCACCCUGUGAAAGCUCUGGACUUCAGAACCCCCCGCAAUGCCAAGAUCGUCAACAUCUGCAACUGGAUCCUGUCGUCUGCCAUCGGUCUGCCAGUCAUGGUCAGGGCUUCAACUAUUACUACACUCGACUUCCACAACAGCGGCAUUGUAGAUUGCACUCUCGUGUUUCCUCACCCAUCCUGGUACUGGGAGAACCUGCUAAAGAUCUGCGUUUUCAUCUUUGCCUUCAUAAUGCCUGUUUUGAUUAUCACGGUGUGCUACGGUCUGAUGAUCCUCCGCCUGAAGAGCGUUCGCAUGCUGUCCGGCUCAAAGGAGAAGGACCGCAACCUGAGGCGCAUCACACGCAUGGUGCUGGUUGUGGUGGCCGUCUUUAUCGUGUGCUGGACCCCCAUCCAUAUCUUUGUGAUCAUUAAGGCCCUGGUGACCAUCCCCAACUCUUUGCUGCAGACCAUCACUUGGCACUUCUGCAUCGCAUUGGGUUACACCAACAGCUGCCUCAACCCGGUGCUCUAUGCCUUCCUGGACGAGAACUUCAAGCGCUGUUUCCGCGAGUUCUGCAUACCCAGUCCGUCAGUGCUGGACCUGCAGAACUCGAUGCGUUCGACGCGCACCCGCAAUCCCCAGCGCGAGGCUCAGUCCAGUCCCACAGUAGACCGAACCAACCGGCAGGUAUGACUAGCAGUGGAGAUGUCAUCACUGGAUUUGCGCUGCCAGCCCAGUGUUGACAUCAACUCAGAACUCACACAAGUCACCACAGGUCUCUGAGCUCGGGUCAGCUGUGAUGGUCAUGGAAAUCUCCCAUGCCAGUCUAGAUUCUUUCUAAAAGCUACAUUUCAUAUGCUAAAGUAGCGUGACUCUUCAGCUUGAGGUGAAGUUGAAUUCUUAGAAUUAUAGCGUACCAAGCGGAAACCUUACCUGAGCACAAACGUUUCCACGAAGUCAGAUAAUAAAUAGCCCAGAAUUGCUUGUGCACACAUCUGCCAUGUUGUCCAUUAGACCAAUUAUGUUUUAUAGACCAACAUAUGCUGUAUGAUAACCGCUGCAUUUGUGCGUCUCUUUUUUCUCUGACUGUUUGUUUGUCGAUGUGCAAUCAGAAAAAGGACUGAAAAGGUUUUAUCUUCAUCUCCAGUUUCUGUAAUGCUGUAAAUACACUGUAAAUAAUAUUUUCUUAAACAAAAUCAGUGCUUUAUAUUUGUCAUAAUGUGCCAUUGGAUUCAAUUAAAUAGCCUAGAUAUUUAUAAACAUAUAUAUACUGUAUAUCAGCGAUUUAACUGGCAUGUCACAUCCACACAUUACCACAUGUUACCAAGCAGUAUAAUAUUAAAGGUGUUGUUUUUUCAGCCGGUCCGCCUGCACUGCAAUGUACUUUUUUCUUUUUUUCCUUUUUCUUUACUAUACAUGAUUAUUGUUAGGCUAGGCUUGUAGUACUUUGAAUGCACAAUGUGAACAGUUUUUGUUCUUUGACAUGGCACAUAUGCAAUUGUCAUGCUUCAGUGGUGACAGAUUAUGUAUGUGAUUAUGCAAACGUGUUAUUUGUCAAAUCUGAUUUGUAAGAUAUUAAUGAAAUUUACAUCGCUGAACUAAAAUAUCUUGAAUUUGCUUUGCUUGCAUGGCAACAUUUUUGUUCUGACAAAGAUAUGAACAGGUUGUAUUUUCUAUGUGCUACUGAGUUUUUCAUUUUUUCGUCCGAAAUAAAUUAUCCGUUGUGAA